UACCCUUGUGGGGCUCUCGACCAGAUAUCAAAGAAGAAGAGUGAGAGAAUGGCGGCGAAGAUAGUGGUGGCUUUGGCAUGUAUGGUGGUGAUGUUAGGGCUGAGUGAAGCUGCGGUGUACAAAGUUGGCGACUCAGCUGGCUGGACAACCAUAGCCAAUGUAGACUAUAAGCUAUGGGCCUCUACCAAAAUUUUCCACAUUGGUGAUACUGUCUUGUUUGAAUACAACCCACAAUUCCACAACGUGAUGAGAGUGACGCAUGCAAUGUAUAGAAGCUGCAACAACUCAAACCCAAUCUCCACCUUCACCACCGGUAAUGACUCAGUCACACUCACCAACCACGGCCACCAUUUCUUCUUCUGCGGCGUUCCCGGCCAUUGUAUGGCCGGUCAGAAACUUGACCUCAACGUCAUUCACCCCGUCUCCUCCACCCCACUCUCUGAUCCACCGAUUUCCUCCUCUUCUCCUCCUCCUCCGACUACUACCAUUCCUGCAGCUGGAGUCCCCGGUCCAUCUCCUAGCCACGCGGCCUUUCUCCCGAGUGUGGUGGCAGCUGUGGUGUCUCUCCUUGUCUCUUUGGUCUUUGCAAAUUUUGCGUCUUAACUAGGAUUAUACAAACAUUGCAAUGAUUGCAUAUACAGUAUACCUUUUGUUAUGUUUUCGUCUAUCUACCGUAUUGUUCUUUCCCCUGAGUUGAUUCAAAAUGUAGAGACUACGUCAAUAAAAAGAAAAAAGUAUUAAGUAUGAUUUAGUUAGUAUUAUUUUUGUAAAGAUAAUUAUUGCAGGUCUUUUAGAAUAGUGUUCUUUUAACUAAGAAAAAUUAAAAAUUGUCUUUUAGUGGCUUCUUUAUUUUUGGUUCAGAGACGUGAUUGAGAAUGAUUAAUAGCCUGCUUAUAUGUGCAUCGAAUUUGACAACAUAUGUUAUGAUGAGAUCAGUCUGGUUCAUCCGUAUUUUCUUGGGAGGAUCGGUGGAGGGUGGAGAGUGAGAUGAGGGUUCAAAGGAUGAGGGUCGUGAGGGAGGAGAAGUUAGAUGGGUUUGUUGUGUUUGCUGAUGACAGCAACAUGCAUAGCGUGGAGCUGUUUGAUGAGAUUCAGAGUGUGAAGUGGUUUGGCGCUUUGUCUGUUGGGAUACUUGCUCACUCUGGUAAUGCUGAUGAGCUGUCGUCGGUGUUGAAGAUGAAUCAAGAAGGGAAGCCUUUGUCGAUGCCGAUUCAAGGUCCUAGUUGUGAUUCAUCUGGGAAGCAUGUUUUUGAUACGCAGCCUUAUGCCACCAAGAGUGGUGUUUAUGUGGAUGAUAAGGCGGCUGUGAUGCCUAGUAAGAUGGAAUGGUCAGGGUUUGUGUUGUUAUGGAAGGAAUCUGUUGAUGAUAGACUGGUAAGGGUUAAAGAUGUUAACAACUUGUUGGAUGGUAAUGAAGGAAUAGAAGAUGGUCCGUUGUCCUUCCACUUGGAAGCUAAUAGCAAAUUCCCACCUGGCUGGCUGGAUCAUAAAGUCUCCCUUAGACAUAACUGUGCCGUCAAAGAGGACACCAUGGCCAGAGAGUCUUCCUCAAAGCUCCAGCAAGAGCUCUAAGGAGAAACAAGAACCGAAAGCUAUUGAUGGUAUCAAAGUACCAGCAACUCGUUGAAGGAUAUAAAACGAAUAGGCUGAGUUUUCAUUUUCUUUUUUUCCACCGUAGAUAUCAAAAGAAAUUGUUUGGUGUGCAUUGGCUUCAUCGUAUACAAUACAAAAUCUCAUGAGUUCUUCAACUGAAAUGCUUGAAAACAAAAUUUGGAAGACAAUAGUAUCUGACAUGAAUGAUGCUUAAACGUUAGUUUUUCACUUUUUCU